CUGCCACGGCUCGGCUGUGUGUUCUCCUCUUCCCGUCCCACCCCGUGGUUGGGUGUUUCGGGGGUGCCCGGAGCUCGGCGGAUGCAUCGCUUCGAACUUCCGCAACAGAAACCAAACCACAGUUGAUGCUGCAAGCAGAACCCUGCAGCCAUCAGCAACCAUGGCUGAGGGCAAGAGCGGGGCUGGGCUGUUCGCCAAGCAGGUCCAGAAGCACUUCAGCCGGGCACAGGAGAAGGUUCUGCAGAAGUUGGGCAAAACCGUGGAAACCAAAGACGAGCAGUUUGAGCAGAGCGCAAACAACUUCCAGCUGCAGCAGAAUGAAGGCAACAAACUCUACAAAGACCUGAAGGCUUUUGUCGGUGCAGUGAAAGUGAUGCACGAGAGCUCACGAAAAGUGACCGAAACACUGCAGGAGAUCUACAGCACCGAAUGGGACGGACACGUGGAGCUGAAGGCCAUCGCAGACAGCAACGACUUGCUGUGGGAAGACUAUGAGGCGAAGCUGGGCGACCAGGCGCUGCGCCUGAUGGAGAACUACCUGGCUCAGUUUGGGGACAUUAAGGAGCGCAUCGCCAAACGCGGCCGCAAACUGGUGGACUACGACAGCGCCCGGCACCACCUGGAAGCACUGCAGAACGCCAAGAAGAAGGACGAGGCCAAGAUUGCCAAGGCUGAGGAGGAGUUCAACAGAGCGCAGGCGGUGUUCGAGGAGCUGAACCGGGAGCUGCGGGAGGAGCUGCCCGUGUUGUAUGGGAGCCGCAUUGCCUGCUACGUCACCAUCUUCCAGAACAUCUCCAACCUGCGUGACAUCUUCUACAAAGAGAUGAGCAAGCUCAACCGUGACCUCUACGAAGUGAUGGGGAAACUUGACAAGCAGCACUCCAGCAAAGUCUUCAUCAUCAAAGGUGUCUCCAGGUAAUGGGGGGGUCCUGUGG